UGACAUUUCAUUUGCCAUCAAAUGAAAUGUCAAUUCAUUUCAGUUUGCACAAAGAUGGCUACGCCACCACCUCCAACGAAACCUCCGCGCGGUGUUAAAUAUGGAAAAGAUGAGGCUGGUUGCGGUUUCCUUGUUAACGUCAUCAAGUCGCUUGGUUUCAGCGAGACCAACGAAGAAAGACAAAAAGAAAAACAACGCAUCGAAAAGGAGUUCAAAAAGUCAGACCAACGUCUGAACGAACUUGUCUCGAAACAUGACAAAAACUUAACCCGGGUACUGCCUCUUUUUAGUCAGGUUUCAAAUGAAAUAACUACAAGCCGCGAGAAAAUACACUCGGUUAAGGAAAACCUUAUUGCGUGCAAACAACUUUUGCAGUGUCGUCGCGAUGAACUCAAGAAACUAUGGACGGAUGCAGUUCAGCAUAAAUUUGUUUUGGAAAUGUUGGACCAAAUAACUGAACUUCGUAAAGUGCCUCACAAAGCUACAGCAUAUUCCUCCAAGAGACAAUAUCUACAUGCCGCUAAAGCCCUUUGCGAUGCUUCUGCUACUUGUGACGGACCUUUGAAGGACGUCGAAGGCCUCUCCGACUUUCGAAAUGACUUGGUUACACGCAAGAAUCAGCUCUAUCUAAAACUGCACGAGGAAAUUGUCCAACAAUUAUACAAACAUUCGUCCGGUGAAGUGCUUACAAAUUUCCAAAGGCAAAAUUCCGCUCGCAAUAGUGCAUCCAAUUUUACAAGAAAUUUCGCUAGACGCUCCACUGAUCGAAUGGAAGCGAAUGCUCGCGUUCGAAAGGCUUUGAUCGAUAUGGCGCAGGGCUUUGACUUUGAAAAAUCAGAAACUAUAGAUGACACUCAUUUGAUAGAUGCUGACCUCAGUGUGACAUAUUUCAUUUCCAUAACAGUUGAGUGUUUUGGGAUGUUAAAUCGUGUUCCGGAUUCCAUUGAGAAAAUACGUGUUCAAAUUCAAUCACAUUUGCUGGAUGUUGUGCGUAAUACAACAAAUCAAAUGAUUGCCUUGAAUCUGGUGCCCACCGAUCGACAUCCUUUAUUAGCUUUGUUGGAAGUUUUAUUCAAGCAGUUCAAGGCCAUUGCCAAAACUCAUGCAUUACUUUUAAAGAACUAUCUAAGUGUCAUACAGAAAUACUCGGUAUCGGCUAGCCCAUAUGAUUUAAGUGAUUUUUGGGCUCAGGCACAAUCUGUUUUGCAAUUGCUUUUGACCGAUUAUUUGGAUAUUCAAAAUGAAUCUGCAGAUGAAGCAUCGCAGGCAAACUUUAAUGAACCAGCAGUUAAUGUGAAUUCAUAUUUUGUAAGGAGAAAAACUCAAAGCAACAAAAGAAUUCUCUUUAAAUUUGACAAAUCAUCUCACAUUGCACAAAACCAACAAUCUGGUUCGUUUAAAGGACACAGAAGAAAUCCAUCCAAUACAUCGAACGAUGAGAAUCUAGGAGCCUUUAAUGGAGCAGAAAAAAGAGAAAAGGUUCUCAUCUGUGAACCAGAUCAAACUGUCAUCACUAAAGUUUACCUCCCACUUAUGGGAUACAUUCAACAAAUUGAAGUUUAUAUGAAAUGUAAACUUGGGGAACCUUGUAGCCUACAUGAUUUCAUUGCUAAUUACAUUAAAGAAACAUUCCUUGCUAAGGGUCACUUUAAAAAUUUACACUUAACCAUAGAAUCGCUGUCCAAAAAUCAAGAUGCUUGGCGUGCAAUUGUGAUGCCCGAAGAAGUUAAAUCACUUAAUAUCCCUCGUCCCUUGCUUCAAUCUACAGUGAUGGUAGAACGGAGAUUAACAGAAACCAAAAACCUUAUUCAAGAUUUGCCAUGCUUCUCCGAGGAUCUUUUGAAAAUGGUGUGUUCAUUGUUGAAGACAUAUCGAGAAACAUGUCAAGCUGCCUAUCGUAGUAUUGUUCAACCCGAUUCAGAAGAAAAGCGAAUCUACAGUGUUGCCUGGUUGAAAGAUGAGGACAUAAGUCGAUUUUUAAAAACACUUCCUAAUUGGACUGAUUUAAAGACUUCAAGUAAUCGUGCUAAGCACGCUAAAAAACUACAUCGAGGACAAUUUGAGCCAUCUGAAGAGGAAAGUCCUAUUCAAGUUCAACAACGUAAUGUGCGUGAGGCUGAAAUGCUAACAAGCAAUCUAGGAGAAGGUGGUAUAACUCAACAAGAAAUUCUUUCCGACAUUGGAGUUCUUAAAGAGCUCGCAAUAAUGCAAGAGAGUAUGGAAUGGUUUUCGUGUCGAGUAUCUGAAUUUGCAAACGAACUAAGACGUCCUAUUAUGAAUGGUCUUAACCCAACAACUGAAUGUUCAUCAGUAACAAUAAAAGAAGGCACUAUUAAAGUCUUGACUAAUUUAGCACUAGAAUUUGAUGAAUUGGCUAAUACUUGUCUUUUAGUUCUCCAUUUAGAAGUUCGUGUUCAAUGUUUUCAUUAUUUGAGAUCAAAGCCAACCGUCAAACCAGACUAUGCUACAUCAAAAGAUGAUGUUCUCGAACCAGAUAGACAAGUUCAAAAACUUACAAAAAUUCUAACCGAAAUGGAUGAGGCUUUUAGUUCAACAUUGCACCCUAGGAAAACAAGAUAUAUCUUUGAAGGACUAGCACAUUUAGCCGCAAAAAUUCUUAUUCAAGCUUCCAAUUAUUUAGAAAGUAUCGAUCAAAUUAUCAUUCAACAAAUGUGCAGGAACUCACUAGCUCUACAGCAAACUUUGAGCAACAUUACUGCAUCCAGAGAAGUAGCUCUUGAUCAGGCCAAGAACUUUUAUGAUCUCCUCUGCAUGGAACCAGAUGACAUAUUAACCAGUAUAAUUGAAAAAGGAGCUCAAUUUAGUGAAAUGCAAUACUUGAACGCCCUUCAAUUGUCGUGCAAAGCACGUGGUAUUGCAGACUCGAACACGCUUGCUGGUUUCCAGCAAAAACUCUCCGACAUUUUAGGUGCUAAACCGCCAACUGGCGUAGUUGUAUAAUAUAUUUUUUAAGUUUGUAACUAGAGACAUGCCUAUUUGUAGCAAUUAUAACAGUUUAUUCCCAUUCAAAUUGUUAAGUAUUCUUAUGGCUUAUCAGUCUAGAGCUCUGGCCUUCCGGAGUCUUAUCAGUGGUAUAGCAAAACUUCUGUCAUCAAUUGGUAUGUCUUUAGUUAGUCUAUUUUUUUAAAGCUUUGUUACAAAUAAAUAUAAGAAUUAUAAUAUAAUAAUUAUUAUUUGAUUACUAUAGAAAAUGUAUGUAUGUAUUUUGGGUAGUUAAAUUAAGACUCACGCUAAGCGCUUAACGCAUAUAAUAUUUCACGGUAUGUCUAUAUAAUAUUAUGAAAUUGUUGACGAUAUUCGUAUUAUUAAAAAAAAAAACAA